UGUCACUGCUUCCCACGAAUCACCCUGAAAUCCUUCCAAGCUCUCCCCGCCCAUUAACAUACAAGGAGCUGAGGAAAGCAGCAAACAUGUCUUUGGACCCUCCUCCAUACCUCGCCUCACUCCAGAACAACAUUCGCAGUCGACCUAUCCCGUGGGAGGGAACAGUGAGAGCUGGCACCAUUAGUGACGACCAAUUGAGUAAGAUCAGAGCUGUGGAUAAGGUCAGGAAAGAACAGCGAAAGGAUGUAGUCGAACGCGAUCUUGAUGGUUACCGGACGUUAUUUUUGGGCGGUAAUGGCAAGCCCAGCGUCCUGGAGUCAGCUGCGAAGCGUGGAGAUGUUGUACAGUACAUCUUGGUCCUAUUGGGCGACCUGCUCGAUGGUAAACAUUGCAUCCUUCCAGCUCAAGAUAAUGAGCUAACCCUAGAGCUAUAGGGAUACCAGCACUUGCGAAGGCGUUUUCUGAGCAUCCAGACCCUUACGGCUCCUUGGUACCCCUCCUGUCCCAGUCGAACGACCUCGAGAGCCCAAUUCCAUUGCUCACAUCGACCGUUCUCACAAGCAUGAUCGCUAGUGCUCCGUCAUUUUCAAAAAAGGAAGCAGCUGCAAUUCCCCGACUAUUCACGUAUCUAUCGACGUUGACAUCGGUGACUGAUGGAGGCUUGCAAGAUAUCGCAGUGUUAGAAUAUUCUGCAUUACUACGAAGCAAGAAAUCGAGACACCUGUUCUGGGAGCAGAGACGGGAGACAGUUGGUCCCUUGGUCAGCAUUCUGAAAGCUGCGGCUGGAGUCUCGAAUGGUGACUCUGCCUCGACUCUGUGGAGCGGCGCUGCCAGCGUCCGCAGUGGGAUCGAGGGAAACAUUGGAGGUGGAGUCGGCCUACAACUGCUAUAUCAUGUCCUCCUAGUACAUUGGCAGCUGAGCUUUGAGGGUGCUGAUGUAGGAGAAGGUCUUGAUGAGGAGUUCGAUAUUAUUCCGCUUUAUACCCAGCUCCUCAGACUCUCUCCAAAGGAGAAAACUACCCGACUCCUGAUAUCAUCCCUCUAUAACCUUCUCUCGACGAACCGAUCUACAUUACUUCCUGCAGCUGUUCUUGCUAGACUUCCUGCCCUGUUGCAAAAUAUCAACGGACGCCAUCUUUCGGAUCCCGACCUCCUAGAGGACUUGGAGAAUCUCAGCGAGAUGCUUGAUGAGUACACAAAGACUCAGACCACAUUCGACGAGUAUGCUGCAGAAGUCAACUCGGGACACCUUCGCUGGUCACCACCUCACAGAAGCCCAACAUUCUGGGCCGAGAAUGCUCGCCGAAUUCUGGAGCACGACAAGGGAGCACUGCCCAAGAAGCUUGCCGAGAUUAUGGGUAAGGGAUGGGAGCAUGACAAGCAAGUUCUUGCAAUCGCAUGCAAUGAUGUGGGAUGUUUGGUAAAGGAGGUACCUGAGAAGAGAUCCCAAUUAGAGAAGCUGGGUCUGAAGACUAGAGUUAUGGAGCUGAUGCAGGAAAAGGAUGAGGCUGUCAGGUGGGAGAGCUUGAAUGCGUUAUCUGGGUGGCUGAGGUACAGCUUCGAGACCAAGUGAAUGUAUCGCUGAUGGGUUUGCUGUAUUAUCAUUCACGAGCCAAAAGGUAUGGGCUGGUCUAAGACUUUUCUCGCUAUGUAGCUUUUCAUUAGCAUCUCUAUUCGGUGUCUUAAUGUUAGAGUAGAGAAGACCGGAAUCCUUGAAACAAACCAGUUGCUGUCCCA